AUGACCGAAGUAUCUGCUUCAUCCCUGUCGGAACAUACAUCAGACAGCUCCAAAACUGGCAGCAGUAAGACUUCUGAACACUCGGGGACCAAAGUUGAACCUGAGAGAGACGAUGGGUCUUCUCCGAUGGAUAUGGAAAGAAUCAUCCAAACGGACCGUAUUACAAAGUCCUUGGACAAGUUGGUGUACCAGACAAAGUUGGCCAUUUGCAUUAACAACCUGAUGAAUGACAAUAUCCUGGCCAAUAUUUUGACGAAGAAACACUUGGACGCUGUUACUUCUACAAUUUAUCAGUACCACAGACCUGUGUACGAGUAUGCUGCGAGUUUAAUAAAUAUAGCAGCCGCGGAUGAUAUUUCGGCGGGAGAUUUAUCAUUGAAAAACCGUGUCAAUCCUGACUUAUGUUUCAUGAUGUACACUCUGUGCAGUUAUCCAGAGCUGAAACCGCAUGUAGAAAGGAUCACGGAACAGGUCAAAGGCCCCUCCGUUGGAUUGAAAUAUCUGCAAAAGUUGGAGGAGUUCCGCGACCUGAUGGUGAUACAGAUGAAAACUACGGCUGCAGACGAGUUGGCUGCAAUAAUAAACACGAGGAAGCUUGAGAAAAGUAAUAACGAGAGUCUGGAGAAGAUUCGAGAAGACAAAGAAUGCCUUGAACAGGAGAAGCUGGACCACGAGCAGAUAAUGCGUGAGAAAUUAGAAUUGAUUGAGCAGCUGAAGCAAGAACUCGAACUUAACCACCAUAAGGCGAUUAUAAAGAGGAAAAAGGAAAUCCUUGAUUCUGAACGGCAAAUGGUGGUGGCCACUCGAGCUCACACGGUCAAGUACCAGAUGCUGAAAGAGGAGGCGGAAGAGACCCAAGACGGUUAUCACUCCUUGCUCCACCGCGGUCUAUUGGCUGAAAAACAACUCCGAGAUCGUAGAAGGAAAUGCGAAGUGCAGCUGCAGUCUUGGCUGCAGAAAUACGAUGUGGAGAUGAUUGUUAAGCAAGAAGAGCUGGAUGAGUUGAUCAAGGUGCAUGAAGAAGAGCGUGAGAAGAUCGAAGUCCUGAAGGUAAUAUACGGUGUUUUUUCUUAG